UGUGCACAGUGAUAACUUAUAAAAUAACAGCUCCUUUAAUACAUUUAUAAAUUCAUUAUGAAGACCCUCCACAUCUUCAUCCUCUGCCUGAACACAGUCAGGACUUUGGCCACGACUACAGUGACUGCCUACACAGGUGGAGGAAUCAACAUCAAGUGCAAAUAUGAAGAUGAACACAAAACCAAAACCAAAUCCUUCUGUAAGAUGGGAACACAGCACAGGUGUCUGUCACAAAUAAACACAGAAGCUCACAAGGAAUGGAUCCAUAAGGGCAGGUUCUCGAUUCAAGACACCAAACAGAAGGGAUUCUUCAGCGUGUUGAUCAGAGAACUAACUGUGGAGGACACUGGAACAUAUCGAUGUGCUGUUGGCAGCUCUGAUCAAACCUACACUGUAGUGAACCUCAACAUUGAAGAUCCCUCCUAUGAAAAGACCAUCAAUAAGAAUGUUCUGGUAGGAAAAGAUAUGAACAUCACCUGUCAGUACCCAAACUCCUACCGGAGUAACCCCAAGUUUUUCUGCAAGGUGUUGCACAGUCGCAUUUGUGCUUAUAAAACAUCUGUUGAAGAAAGUAGAAAAGCUGUAAAGGAGGAGAAAAUCUCUCAGUAUGAUGACCGAGCAAAGAAAGUGUUCACGGUGAUCAUGAAGCAGGUGAGAGCACAGGACUCUGGUGAAUACUGGUGUGGCGUUGAAGCAGACGGAGGAUCUGAACACGGAUACAAGAUCUAUCUCACACGCAUCAACAUGGUCACCCGUGAAUUCAUGUGUUCCUGUUUCACAACGACCUUCAUCGCCAUCAUCAACAAACACAUAUCCACUUCUCACAAAUACAAACAAAUCAACACCCCAUCCUUCACCAACUUCUCUUCUGACUGGAUCUCCAGGUUUCAUCACUGUGUCUGUAAUUCUGGCAGUUCUUCUGGUUCUUCUGAUCACAUUUCUCACUGUGAUUUUCUGGAGGAGGAUGGAUCCUGUUCUCCCCAUCCCAAGAACCAUCCAUGAGGUUCCCUCUGCUGGCACCAGACGCCUGUCUAACAUGCUUUUCUCCAGCGUUCAAUUACCCACAAUCCCUGUUGAUUCAACACAUGCUGUUUAUGCCAACAGUGGAUUUCUCACAAUCCCCACUGAUUCGACGCAUACUGUUUAUACUACAGCACAACUUCCAUCAGAUCCUCUUGAUCAGCAUGUCGGCUCCAUGGUUUAGUUACCCAGAGUUCUCUCUGACUCCUCAGUCAGUGCUGCUCUGCUGCCGGUUGUGAAAUCUGGUGAAAAUCCAACGUGCACAGUAGUGAGCGUGACUAUGAUACUGUUAACAUUGCUGGAUGUAGAGAGUUCUUCAUUCAUCAUGUUUGUUUGUAAUCUAUUUGAGA